GCCAACGCUCUCGGUUUGUGUUGUAUUCAAUUGUUGUAGCUUGAAGUUGGAGCAACAAUUUGUGGAGCGCUCGUUGGUAUCAUAUCGGCAAACUGUUUUUGUUUUUGCACAACAAAAUGCUUUAAUGAAUUCGAUAGUACAACAGAAAGAUACAAAAUUUAUUAGCUACAAUUCUGGGCAAAUCUCAAUAUAAAUCACUGAGUUCAUUGCAAAAACGUCGAUUUGGUGAUUUUCCAAAGCUGCAUUUACUUCUGAAGGCUAUUAGCGCUUAGAACGUGGCAUUUUCUAUAGAAAUCAAGGGAGGUAAACAUUAAGUAGAAGUUGUGAUCUGGCUUACGUGUGAAUUCUGUUCGAUAAGCAAAAGAUCAGCGUAUAUAGUUAUUUGAUUGGUGUUAUAGAGAGAAAAACUGAGGUCAAUAUCAAGAAGACAUAAUGAUUCCUGGCUACGGACCGGUCAUGCAGGCCCUUUUAGGCACACUGUUUACUUGGGGACUAACAGCUGCGGGUGCAGCUUGUGUGAUAUUCGUGCGGGGCAAUCAGCGCAAGUCACUUGAUGCUGCAUUAGGUUUCGCCGCUGGUGUCAUGAUUGCUGCUUCGUUCUGGUCUCUUUUAAAUCCCGCCAUAGAAAUGGCAGAGAGUUCACAUCUGUAUGGUGUUUACGCCUUUAUGCCAGUGUCGGGUGGUUUUCUGCUAGGUGCCAUCUUUGUGUAUGGUUGUGAUAGGCUUAUGUCGUAUCUUGGACUCAACAGCACAAAUAUGAUGAUUUCGAUGACACAAACGAAUAAAGACAAGGCUGAUAUUGCUAUCGAUGAUAUACGCAAUAGUCAAGGCGUUUUAGAUCGCACAGUAACUAAAAGCAUGGAUAGCUUUUCUGAUUGCUUGAGUACACAGCACGGCAACCUUGAACCGCGACGUCGUAAAAAACACAGUGCAGCCGAAUUAGAAGCUCAGCGUACAUACAUAACUGAUAGUCAACGAAACCUUGAAAGCGCAGUGGCACAGUGGAAACGUAUUAUGUUACUGGUGGUUGCAAUAACUGUGCAUAACAUUCCCGAGGGUCUGGCGGUCGGUGUCAGCUUCGGCGCUAUAGGCAGCACUGAAUCUUCCACAUUUGAAGCUGCUCGAAAUUUGGCAAUUGGUAUUGGCAUACAAAAUUUUCCAGAAGGCCUGGCGGUAAGCCUGCCUUUACAUGCCGCUGGUUUUAGUGUGGCACGCGCACUGUGGUAUGGUCAACUCUCCGGUAUGGUGGAACCGAUAUUUGGUAUUCUGGGUGCAGUAGCAGUGACAUUUGCCAAUCUCAUAUUACCUUAUGCAUUGUCAUUUGCGGCCGGCGCAAUGAUAUACAUUGUUGCGGAUGACAUAUUGCCAGAGGCUCAUGCCAGUGGCAAUGGAACGAUUGCCACUUGGGGCACGGUAGCGGGGUUCCUUAUAAUGAUGUGCCUUGAAGUUACCCUAUCUUGAUGUUACAACUACUGCCAUUGUUUUAUUUGUUAUAUAAUUAACUACAAGCAUAAGAUUUUGCGUUUCCAAAGCUACAACGAUCACUUGACCAGCCGCGUAAAUUUGGUACAAAAGCUAUUCUGUUUUGUUUAAGUGAUUAACUACUAUUUACUGAAGUAAAUGUGUGUGUCCUGAUGUAAUUGUGCAUACAAAUUAUGUGUAUGAAAAGGUGAAUUGUUGGAUAUAUGUACUUUAACGUGUAUUUAGUGUUUGUAACGAAUCCACUUAAAUGUGAAAAUUGCGAUUAUGUUUGGAUAUAUGCACGAUAGUUUAGCACAAAAAAGGUGAACGCAUUAAUAAUUUGUACUUUUUAAAAAUCUCGUAACACGGACAAUUGAGUAUUACUUUUGUAAAUAUUUACGGAAAAUAAGAAUUUUUGUAAACACUACUCCUUUAGAAACCGCCGUUUCAUAAAAAUUUGUGAAUACUAUAAUAUUACAUAAAUGGAAUAUUUUAAUGUAUCUCAUUUAAAUACUGAUCAAUAGACACAGUAUAACUUAAUUAGUUUUUAAGUAUGUUUUAUGUUUUGAGAACAGAAAAAACGAAAUAAUUUAAUGAAUAAUAAAAUAAUAUAUAUGAAUAUUUAACUAAAGUGAAGGUGGCAUACUUAAUUGUGAGCGUAAAUAUUUUGUGAGUGUAUACACAGUAGCGAUGAAAUAUUGUAGUAAACAAUUUCCGCAGGUAGCCAAACAAGACGUUGGUAAUCAAUCAAAGCACAUUUUCAAUGGUUACUAUACGCAAGUCGUUAGCUCCGUAUAACAACAACAAUAGUUAAGAUAGCUAAAUUAAAUUCUGAUAAAUAUAAAAUGUCACGAUAAUUUGUGAUGUACACUAAUAACAACAGAUACGUGCAUGUAGGUAUCUUUAAAAAGAUAAAUAAACGUGUACAAGCUUCUAGUUAUCGUGUGUGAACACUGCGGUGACUACACAAGAUCUAUCUAAUCCUGCGUACGAAUAUGUAUAUCUCUUUGCAGUUUCUAGUAUUUUAAAAGUAUUUUAUGGUUAUUGGGCUUCUUCAAUUAUAUUUCAUACAAAUUUCUUUAAAAUACAUUGCAGAUGCUUUUCAGUUGAAUAUAUAUGAAUCUGUCUAACUGUUAUCUUUCAAGAUUUGAUACUUUAAAAGAUAAAUUAUAAGCAUAAUGACUAUUAUUUCAUUCUCUUUUUGGACAAUUAUAAAGAGACAUAUAUUUGGUUGUUGUACCAGGCGAAUUUCUUCCCCAUAAACAUUUACGUAUAUUUUAAUGUUAACAUAUUGUUAACAUGAUAACAGGAAUGCUGCCCUGCAACUGUUGCAAUAAUAACUGAUAUAAACAUCGUACUUGUUAUACCCUCGCAACUUGUUGCAAAGAGUAAAAUAAUAUUGUUAAAUACUGAAUUUUGCAAUGAACACGUGCAAACUUCGGCCUCAACCGAAUGUUAGAUACUGUUUAUUACAUUAUUCGAUUGUAUUAUAUUUAAAUAUUGCUUUCUGACGACACAAUUUUUUGUCUCAUAUUUGAAAUUUGUCAACCCUUGGAACUAUCGAUUAUAUGUAGGUAUAAUUAUUGGGACAAAAUAAUAAAAUUUUUGAUGUGUUUGAUUGAUAUUUGUAAUAUGCCAUAUGAUUUCCAAUGAAUGAACGUGAACUAUUACAAUUACAAACCACCAGAAUGUUCGUAGUUAUUUAGCAGCGCUUUAAAUAUUGAAAUACGAUAGAACUAGAAACAGAGAUCCUAUCGGGUAAAUCAAAUGGGCAUUGUAGAUAUACACCGUAGUGCUUAAGUCGACAAACAACGAAUAAUCUUACAAACAGACAGUCGACGUUAUUCGCAGAGGGCAACUAACACCUUUACAAAGUACUACCCACACAUUUCUUUUCUUUCUUUCUGGAAGAUUAAUCAACGUCUAUUGGUAAAGCAGUUUCUCGAGACAAAAGUAACCUUAGUAUAAUUGUUUACUAUAGCUGUUUAAAGCAUCACCAACUUACAGUAGCAUCAUACAGACACAUCAGUGCACAAAUUUAAAUGUGUUUAAGAGUUUGAGUUGGAACGACAAUCAUCUAUAUAAAAAGUUAUAUAUAUCGUGAAACUUAUUACUUAUUCGCGAAAUGAGCUAGUAAGUCUUAAUGAUAUCGGUCAAAAAUUUGAUUUAGUAUUAUUAGUUUCAGGAAAUCCAAUGGACUACACGUUAUUACUUUUUGGUUUUCUCUUUAUUUCCAUGAAUGUACAUGUUACAUGUAAUUGCCAUAGCUUCACCAUAAAAUAUCUAAUUACGAAUAUUACACUAUACAACCACUAAUAUUGUUGUAAUAAUGUGCUUUAGCUAUUUUUGAUAUAGCAAUGCUGUUAGUAGUUAUUUGAAUUAUUUUAGGCAGAUUAAUUUAUUUAUUUUAAAAUAUAAUGCUACGAAAUAUGAAUGGCUAAAUUAUGCUUACAUGUUGUCAUUUUGACACUUCAUUGUCAGCUUUUAAUUAUGUUAUUAUAGUAUAAGAAAUAUGUACGUACAAGGCCGCGAAACCAUUUACAACAAAUAUUUUUAACUUGUUACAGUUUAAAAUCUGUUACGUUAUAAUAUCAGUAUUCAAGUUGGCCAAAUUUUCAAAAUAUCUUAUCUUGACAUGAAACUUGAUGGUCAUGGAAAUAAUAUUGUAAUAUGAGAAAUUGAUUUUAAUAUAAUAUAUUCUUAAUGACAUCGGUAUAAAGUAUUAUAUACAGAUCACAAGUGGUAAAUUGAUGUUUUCAAGAACAGUUUACAAAUAUUCACAUACACACACAAUACUCGUAUUGCAUUAGAACUAAUUAGAUAAUUUUAGAAACGGGUUAGAGAAAAAUAAUACGUUUGUAGCAUAGUCAAUUCAUUUUAGUGCCCGGUGAUGCUUUUCAUGCUAAUUCAACAAAUUAAUAGCUUUUCCAAUCCUCUCCAUAUUACAUUUAAAUGCAAUUACACAUAAUCCGAUACCGGUAGCAACAACUAUUCACAGCUGAUUAUUAAUACAUUUAAUUAAUACUAGUAAACCGGUUUGCACUUAAACCUAUUAUACAAAGUAUUCCCCACAAAUGAAUACCAUAUUUACUUGAAUACUAAAUCAUUUAUAUUCAGUGUUUAGAGAAAUAAACAUUAACUUACCUUCAUUUUUUCGUAAAGUUCCGGAUUUUCGUAGCGAUCUAUAUUUGAUAUUGGAAACUCGUUUGGAUCACAUAUCAUCCGCUUUUUUUUGCAAGCUUCAACCCACAAAAUCGAAACAACCGGUAUAUUCCAGUUUUUAGCUUUUUUGUAAGUGGACAGCAAACCAUCUUUAAAUAUCACAUGUGUUGUACCUCUGUAAAAAUUGAAAGAUUGCACUAAUUGAAAGAAUCGUAUAAGUCUAAAACAACUUAUAAAUACCUUAGUAAUUUGUCAUUUACGCGUGCACCUAGUUGUGAAAUAACCUUCUUCACACCUUCUGAUCGAUUAUCUUCGCCAGUACGUACUUCAACAUAUACUACAAUGUCGUGCAUGAGUUCCUCUAUUGAUGGUGGUGGAGAUGGAUUGUAUUCU